ACUGGAAAAAAAUAAUUAAAUUGUUGAUUCUGUAUGGCUUAUAAUCCAUCCCCUCUGAUGCAAUCAAGUACGCAGCAAUAUGGGGGCAGUUGAUUAUCCUAACCGAACACGCCCACUACCAUGCUUUGAAUUAUGGGAGAUGUGGUCUGUUAUUUGAUUGAACAUGGAAAAAAUGGACGUGCAGCCGCCGCCUAUCCGAACCUUAGAUGAUUUUGUUUUGAGCUCGGCUCAGUUCGCCGUGCCAGAUAUUCGUAAUCUGGAGAGAUGGAACAAUCGGAUCAUAAACAACUUGCUGUAUUACCAGUCCAACUAUUUCGUCUCGUUUUUGACCAUCCUGGGAAUAGUAGGUUAUUUCCAGCCCUUCAACCUCUUCUUGGGGGCCACAGUUGUGACAUUGAUAUUCAUGGGGUUUGUAUGGGCAGCAGAGAACCAGGCCCCCAUCAGGCGGUUCCGCCGGAACCACCCGUCCUUGGCCCUGGGUGCCAUUCUGGGGGCCAGCUACCUCUUCCUCACAGUGCUUGGGGGAGUGGCCGUCUUCCUCUUCGGCAUAGCCUUCCCCAUCUUAUUGAUAUUGAUCCACGCCUCUGUUAGACUGCGGAGCCUCAAGAACAAGUUGGAGAACAAGCUGGAGAGCAUUGGUUUGAAGAGAACACCUAUGGGGCUCCUAUUGGAGUCACUAGGACAGGAACAGGAAGCUGGAUCUUAGAGGGGGAGGAGAGGAGGAAAAAAAAAGGAGAUAUGUGCCCUGUUCUAUUUCAGUCUCUUGCCUCUUGCUCCUUUGGUAUGCCCAAAUCUGAAAGGAAUGGAUGAAGCAAUAUGGUGAUGAAGCUAAGCUCCAUCAUAUAUCCUGUCCUGCCCAGAUAUGUAAUCACAGGGGUAGGUGCCAGAGACUUAAAUGGAAUGAGGCCUCUCAUACUGAGUGCACGAAAAGUAGAGGAAGAGAGGAGGGGAGUAAAGCAAAGGUGUAAUGAUUGUUAUGAUUUCUCAGUGUCACAAAGGUGGUGUAACAGAUUGUAAAUUCUGUGGAAUCUAUUUGGCCUAUGUAAUGCACACACUAACUGAUGUGGGUUCUUCCCCUGCGAUGUAAGUCAUUUUGCACCCCUUGACAAGUUCCUGAUAUAGAGUUUACAUUGUAUCCUCAGAAAAAGAUUUUUAAAAAGACAUUGUGCACUGAAAAUCUGCGCUGAGAAGUAAACGUGGCCUCCUAACAGACGUGUGUUGUAAGUGCUACAAUAAGAUGGUUUUUAAAAUGCAAUUUAAUGCCAGUGUUAUGGUUACAAAAAAUGAUUUUACAUAGAAACCUAAAGGUGUUUGAUGAGUCACUACUCUGUGACUCCUGACCACACUGCUUUUUGUGUUAUUGUACAUCUUCUACUAUUGUUGGGUUUUGCAAUUUAAUGCAGUUGAAAGUUUAAAUGUGUUUUGGGAUGGAAGGGCAACAGUGGAACAACUGUAUGCUUUGCAUAGAAAUAUAAUUAAUUCUACUUCUAUGAUUUUAUUAUUCCAAGAAUGUUUACCGGGAUUAUUUAUGCCUCUGUCCACGCAUUAUUUGGUGCCAAGAACAUUAAUGUCAGUCUGCCUUCAUUGUUUAAAAUUCUAUUCAAUUGAGAAUAUUUUAUAUUUCUUUGAUCAUUGCCUUCUAUGGACUUAAUGUGUGUUUUUUUUACAAUGCUGUCAACAUGUAUUUACACUUCAUUUACUAAAUAAUAUACCUUA